AUGAUGUUGAUGACGGUUCAAGGCAUUGCAAAUGGUACCAUGACUCUUGGUGAUUUGGUUAUGGUCAAUCAAUUGGUUUUCCAGUUAUCUGUUCCACUCAACUUCUUGGGCUCUGUAUAUCGCGAGCUUCGCCAGAGUCUGAUUGAUAUGGAGACGAUGUUUAAUUUACAAAAGCAGCAAACCAAUGUGAAAGAACUUCCUGACGCCGCAGCUCUGCCGCCUGUGCGAGGAACCAAGACAGCACUGGUGGGCCCCUCUGGCUGUGGUAAAUCAACCAUCUUCCGUCUUCUUUUCCGAUUUUAUGAACCACAAAGCGGUAAGAUCUAUAUUGACGGGCAUGAUAUUUCUCAAUACACGCUCGAAAGUCUUCGCAAGGCAAUAGGUAUUGUUCCUCAGGAUACCACUCUGUUCAAUGCAUCCAUAUGGGAUAAUGUCAAAUAUGGACGCCUUAGUGCAACGGAUGAAGAAAUUUGGAGGGCCUCACGUCUCGCCCGCGUUGAUGCAAUUGUUGAGAAAUUACCUAAUGGGUUCCAGACUUUGGUUGGUGAACGCGGCCUGAUGAUUUCAGGUGGUGAAAAGCAGCGUCUGGCCAUUGCUCGAAUGCUGCUAAAGAACCCUAACAUUAUGUUCUUUGACGAGGCUACGUCGGCCCUCGACUCUCAUACAGAGACAAACUUGAUGCGAAACGUCAACAGCGUACUCGAUACUAUGAAUCGCACAUCUGUAUUCAUCGCACAUCGCCUUCGCACUAUUGAGGACGCCGACUUGAUUAUUGUGCUGGAUCGAGGCCACAUGGUUGAAGAAGGCACUCAUGAGAGCUUACUUGCCAGCCCUGGUCUAUACCAUAACUUGUGGAUGGCGCAAAUUGAGCGUAUUCAUCAAGAUGAACAGGAUUCUGAAGAACAGCAGAUUCAAACAGAACAAACUGAUGUGCCAAUGUCCAAGCAAUCUAGCACGUAA